UAGUUUGCAUGUAUAUCUAUAUAUAUAUGUACAUCCUUGUAUAGGGCAAGUCCAUCACUGAGUACUUAAGCUUCAAACACUUGUAGUACAGUUUAUAGCUCCAACCCAAAAAAAAAAAAAAAAAAAAGCAAAGCGAAACUCGAGAAAUGGGUUCCAACGUGUUUGGCAAUCCCAUCACAACUGCGACUCUAGAAGCAAUGCCCGAGUACAUAGGCAAGGUGAUAACACGGACAGACAGAGCUCAUGUUGCUUUGAACAUGAAAAAUGCCGAGGGCAAAGACGUCAAUGCCCGUAAGUUCGUGGAGAAUCUGAAAGAGAGAUACGGUAAUGGAGUCUCCACACUUUGCCUAAUUUACAAUGCCACAGGAGAUACUUUAAAACAUGUCGGUUAUCAUGAUUGGAGGGGACACAUUGGAGAAUCUCCAUACCCAAAUGAGAUUGCCAAUGGUCAGUGGGGUGCAUAUUUGCACGUCAAGACCUCCGGAGCCGCUACCGGAUCGAUUGCUGCCACCGUUUAUCGCGGUAAGAAUGAAGCCGGAAAAGACUGUGAUUGGAUGCUGUCGUGGUAUAAUCCUUGGUCUGGCAAGAAUAGGGUUUAUACUGAGAUCCGUGAAGGUCACCACUACGAGGAAGAUCAUUGGGACUAUAUCUACAACAUACUAAGCAAUAAAGAACUCAGUUACACUGAGACAUGGAAUGGAUGCAUCUCAACUGUGACAACUGGGGUUUCCACAUCGCCCAUUUUUGAGGGAAUAAUGAAGUUAGUUGGUGCCUGAACACCCAUGGUUUUGCCUUGGAUUAACCAUGCUUAAACUAAGGCUGUUAUGGAAUCAAAUUUCAAUCGUUUUUGUCAUGUACGCAUUGAGAAUGACAUUCUGUGUGUUUAUGUUUAUGUUUAAUUAAAUAAGCUCUGCUAGCAGCAGGGAAAAAUAAAAAUUGUACUUUAUCUUAUGGCAUGAAUAAAAUAUGAAAAUUUAAAAUGAA